CAAAGUGUAAAUAUCGAGACUUGUUUUUCUGUCAAAAAGAACGUCAUUCUUCAUUAUACAGUUCAAUUGCAACAACAUGAAUACUCCGAUACGAAAUUAAAGUUAAUAAAAAUCAUAACAAAAGUGUAAACUAUUACCAUAAGUCUACUAUUAUCAUUUAUCAUUUAUUAUUUUAUCUCUCUAGUUGUCUUUAUCAGAUUACAAUGCCGAUUUUAUACAGCGUUGUGUCUCGUGGCACGACGGUUUUAGCGAAAUAUGCCUCAUGUGCUGGUAAUUUUGCAGAAGUCACCGAACAAAUCAUGGCCAAAAUUCCACCCGAUGAUAAUAAAUUGACCUAUUCUCAUGGCAAUUAUCUGUUUCACUACAUCUGCGAGAACAGGAUCAUUUAUAUGUGCAUCACGGACGAUGAGUUUGAAAGAGCAAGAGCCUUCCUGUUUCUAAACGAAAUCAAAAGAAGAUUCUUUGCAUCUUUCGGUAUGACUGCAGAAAAUGCAAUAGCUUAUGCGAUGAACAGUGACUUUUCAAACGUUUUGGCUGCAGAAAUGAAGCACUUUUCAGAAUCUCGAGAAAUAGACACCAUGGCCAAGGUUCAUGGACAGUUGGACGAACUUAAGGACAUUAUGGUCAAAAAUAUAGAUAAUGUUGCAAUGCGUGGAGAACGAUUAGAAUUACUAGUAAAUAAAACUGACAACCUGAGCAAUAAUUCUGUUACAUUUCGCAAAACUUCAAGAAACCUGGCAAGAGCUAUGUUUUGGAGAAAAGUAAAAAUAUACUUGGUAAUUGCUGGAGUUCUAAUUCUUGGGACUUAUUUAAUCGGGUCCAUGGCUUGUGGUGGACUUGCCUGGAAAUCAUGCACCGGAUAAAUUCUACAUUUUACUCACGUUAUUUUGUAUAUAUGUAACCAAUAUUAAACGACACAGUAGAAAUGCAAUAUCAGUAAACUAAAGACUAUAUAUACAUAUAUAUCUAUCGUUCAAUUUAUAUUUUUAUAGUAUUAUUGUUUUUAUAUCAAAUUGAUGGUCAAGGAGGAUAUGUUUGCAUAUAUUUUUUUGAUGCGGUCAAUACUUUUGCUCUUUUGCAUAUGUGAUACAACGAGAUGAAACUUGUGAUGGAAA